AUGGACCGGCACCGGCACCGGCCGCGUGCCCUGGCGCAGCGCUCGGCCGUCGGGGCCGCCUACCCCGCCUCCUCCCCGGGCCACAGCCGCCGGGACAGCGAGGCGCCGCGCAGGAAGGGCCUGCAGCGCCCUCCGCCGACCCGCGGCCCCGCGGCGCCUGCGGAGAAGCGCCCCAAGUUUCAUUUAAAUAUCAGGACACUGACGGAUGAUAUGAUGGAUAGAUUUGCCAGCAUAAGAAUUCCAGGGAGCAAAAAAGAGAGGCCUCCACUUUCCAACCUGAGGACUGCAUUUUCAAACAAUGAUUGUUCUUCAGAAAUGAAUGAAAACAUUCCAAAACCACUGUCAGAGAAGGAAAUCUUAGAGCUUUUUGAAAAGAUGAUGGAAGAUAUGAAUUUAAAUGAAGAUAAAAAGGCACCAUUGCGGGAAAAGGACUUAAGUAUCAAAAAAGAAAUGGUGAUGCAGUACAUUAAUACUGCUUCCAAGACAGGAAGUCUUAAGAGUAAUCGACAGAUCUCACCUCAGGAAUUUAUCUAUGAACUGAAGAUGGGGUCUGCGGAUGAGAGACUCUUCACGUACCUGGAGUCCCUCCGCGUGUCUUUGACAAGUAAUCCUGUGAGUUGGGUGGAAAGCUUUGGACGUGAGGGGCUUGGAUUAUUACUGGACAUCUUGGAAAAGCUGAUUAGUGGCAAAAUACAAGAAACAAUUGUGAAGAAGAAUCAGCACAAAGUCAUACAGUGUCUGAAGGCCUUGAUGAAUACCCAGUAUGGCUUGGAAAGAAUUAUGAGUGAAGAGAGGAGUCUUUCUUUGCUCGCCAGAGCCAUUGAUCCUGAGCAGCCUGGCAUGAUGAUGGAUGUGGUUAAGCUCCUUUCUGCAGUGUGCAUCGUAGGGGAGGAAAGCAUCCUUGAGGAAGUCUUAGAAGCUUUAACAUCAGCUGGAGAAGAAAGAAGAAUUGACAGAUUUUCUUCUAUUGUGGAAGGUCUUCGGCACAAUUCAGUUCAGUUGCAAGUAGCAUGUAUGCAGCUCAUCAAUGCCCUUGUUACAUCUCCUGAUGACUUGGACUUCAGGCUUCACAUCAGAAAUGAGUUUAUGCGUUGUGGAUUGAAAGAGAUAUUGCCAAAUUUAAAACAUAUUAAGAAUGAUGGCUUGGAUAUCCAACUUAAAGUCUUUGAUGAGCAUAAGGAAGAAGAUUUGAUGGAGUUCUCCCAUCGCCUCGAAGAUAUUAGAGCUGAAUUUGAUGAAGUGAAUGAUCUUUACAACAUGGUGUGGAACACAGUUAAGGAAACCAGAGCAGAGGGAUAUUUCAUUUCAAUUCUGCAGCAUCUUUUGCUGAUUCGAAAUGAUUAUUUUAUAAGGCAACAGUACUUCAAAUUAAUUGAUGAGUGUGUAUCUCAGAUUGUACUGCAUAGAGAUGGGAUGGAUCCAGACUUCACAUAUCGAAAAAGACUAGAUUUAGAUUUAAGUCAGUUUGUUGAUAUUUGCAUAGAUGAAGCAAAACUAGAAGGGUUUGAAGAGAAAGCAUCAGAACUUAACAAGAAAUUUGAAAAGGAGUUUACCGACCACCAAGAAACUCAGGCUCAAUUGCAGAAAAAAGAGGCAGAGAUUAAUGAGCUUCAAGCAGAGUUACAAGCUUUUAAAUCACAGUUUGGUGUCUUGCCAUCUGGUUUGCCUCCUUCAGAUGGAAACGGAACUGGCCCUCCAGCCCUGCCCCCGCCGCCGCCGCCGCCCCCGCCGCCCCCGCCGCCCCCGCCGCCACCACUCCCGGGGCUGCCCUUACCCCUUGGCGGGGGGCCUCUGCCCCCACCCCCUCCGCUGGGACUUCUCAGUGGACAGACCGCUCCACCUCCACAGAUGCUGCCUUUUGGGUUAAAACCAAAGAAAGAAUUUAAACUGGAAACCAGCAUGAGAAGAUUAAAUUGGUUAAAGAUCAGACCUCAGGAAAUGACUGAAGACUGUUUCUGGGUAAAAGCAAAUGAAAAUAAGUAUGAAAGUGUGGAUUUGCUUUGUAAACUUGAGAAUAUAUUUUGUUGCCAGCCAAAACAGAAAAGAGAAGAGGAAGAUUUUGAAGAGAAGAAAGCUAUUAAGAAACGAAUUAAGGAACUUAAAUUUCUAGAUUCUAAAACUGCCCAGAACCUUUCAAUCUUCCUGAGCUCUUUCCGGGUGCCAUACGAGGAAAUCAAAAUGAUGAUAUUGGAAGUGGAUGAAACACAGUUGGCAGAGUCUAUGAUUCAGAACUUAAUAAAGCAUCUUCCCGAUCAAGAACAGUUGAAUUCACUAUCUCAGUACCAGAGUGAAUAUAGCAACUUAUGUGAACCCGAGCAGUUUGCUGUUGUGAUGAGCAAUGUGAAGAGACUACGGCCACGGCUCAGUGCUAUUCUCUUUAAGCUUCAGUUUGAAGAGCAGGUGAACAACAUCAGACCUGACAUCAUGGCUGUCAGUGCCGCCUGUGAAGAGAUCAAGAAGAGCAGGGGCUUCAGCAAGUUGCUGGAACUGGUGUUGCUAAUGGGAAACUACAUGAAUGCCGGCUCCCGGAAUGAACAAACCUUCGGAUUUAACCUUAGCUCUCUCUGUAAACUAAAGGACACAAAAUCAGCAGAUCAGAAAACAACACUUCUUCAUUUUCUUGUGGAAAUAUGUGAAGAAAAGCAUCCUGAUAUCCUGAAUUUUGUGGAUGAUUUGGGACAUUUGGACAAAGCUAGCAAAGUUUCUGUAGAAACCCUGGAAAAGAACUUGAAGCAGAUGGGAAGGCAACUUCAACAGCUUGAGAAAGAUUUGAAAAUCUUUCCUCCUUCUGAAGACUUGCAUGAUAAGUUUGUGACAAAGAUGUCCAGCUUUGUUAUCAGUGCAAAAGAACAAUAUGAGAAACUUUCAAAAUUACAUGAAAACAUGGACAAGUUAUACCAGAAUAUAAUGGUGUACUAUGCCGUCGACAUCAAGAAGGUGUCCGUAGAAGACUUCUUGACUGAUUUGAAUAACUUCAGAACCAUGUUUAUGCAAGCAAUGAAGGAGAAUGUCAAAAAAAGAGAAGAAGAGGAAAAAGAAAAACGUGCCAAGAUAGCCAAAGAAUUGGCAGAGAAGGAAAGAUUUGAACGCCAACAAAAGAAAAAGCGCUUAUUAGAGAUGAAGACUGAGGGUGAUGAGACAGGAGUGAUGGAUAGUCUGCUGGAGGCCUUGCAGUCGGGGGCUGCCUUCCGCGACCGAAGGAAAAGGACACCGAAGCCAAAAGAUAUUCGGCAGAGUCUCAGUCCAGCAUCUCAGAGGCCUAUUCUGAAAGUUUGUAACCAUGGAAAUCAGAAGCUGCAGUUGACAGAAGGGUCACAUUCACACUACAGUAUCAAUUGCAGCUCAACAAGGACUGCAGUCGCCAAGGAGCUUAAUUAUAAUCUAGACACUCACACUUCUACACGGAGGACCAAGGCAGUUGAGAAGAAGGAGGCCUGUGAUGCAGAAAGCAACAGAGAAAAGGAAAUGGCACUUCUUGGCUCUGUUUCUAAAAAUGAACCCAUUCCUGAAGUUGAAGCCCUGCUGGCAAGAUUACGAGCUUUAUAA